GCAGGAGUAGAUGACAUGAUAAAGUUAUCAUAUUUGCAUGAACCUGGUGUCUUGCAAAACCUUGCCACACGCUAUGAGCUUAAUGAAAUAUAUACAUACACUGGUAAUAUCCUGAUUGCAGUAAACCCCUUCCAAAGGUUGCCACAUCUUGAGGAUAUGCAUAUGAUGGAACAAUAUAAAGGAGCAGCACUUGGCGAGCUAAGCCCACAUGUUUUUGCAAUUGCUGAUGUUGCAUUCAGGGCAAUGAUUAAUGAAGGAAGAAACAACUCCAUAUUGGUCAGUGGAGAAAGUGGAGCGGGUAAAACUGAAACGACAAAGUUGCUUAUGCAAUAUCUGGCAUACUUAGGUAGACGAUCUGGAAUUGAAGGGCGGACGGUUGAACAACAAGUUCUAGAAUCUAAUCCAGUUCUUGAAGCUUUUGGGAAUGCCAAAACAGUACGAAACAACAACUCAAGUCGAUUUGGUAAAUUUGUUGAGAUUCAAUUUGAUGAAAAUGGGAGGAUCUCUGGAGCUGCUAUUAGAACUUACUUGCUUGAAAAAUCUCGUGUAUGCCAAAUCAAUGAUCCUGAGAGAAAUUACCAUUGCUUUUACCUUCUAUGUGCUGCUCCUCAUAAGGAUAUUGAGAAAUAUAAGUUGGAGAGUCCUAAGUCAUUCAAUUAUUUAAACCAAUCCAGUUGUUUUCAAUUGGAUGGCGUGGAUGAUGCUGAAGAUUAUCUAGCAACUAGAAAGGCCAUGGAUAUAAUUGGCAUAAGUGUGGAGGAACAGGAGGCAAUCUUCAGGGUUGUGGCUGCCAUCCUUCAUCUCGGGAACAUUGAUUUUGCAAAGGGAGCAGAAAUAGAUUCAGCAGUUAUUAAGAAUGAUAAAUCGAACUUUCACCUAAGCACGGCAGCUGAACUUCUCAUGUGUGAUGCUCAUCUUCUUGAGAAUGCACUAAUUAAGCAUGUCAUGGUAACCCCCGAAGAAGUUAUUACACGAAGUCUUGACCCUGGUUCUGCAAUUGUUAGCAGAGAUGGUUUAGCAAAAAUAAUCUAUUCCCGUUUAUUUAAUUGGUUGGUCGAUAAAAUUAAUGCAUCAAUCGGUCAGGACAGGAGUUCAAAGCAUUUCAUUGGUAUUCUUGAUAUUUAUGGUUUUGAAAGUUUCACAUCUAAUAGUUUCGAACAAUUCUGCAUCAAUUAUACCAAUGAAAAAUUGCAGCAACAUUUUAAUCAGCAUGUCUUCAGAAUGGAGCAAGAGGAGUAUACCAAGGAGGGAAUUGAUUGGAGCUACAUAGAGUUUGUUGAUAACCAAGAUGUGCUUGACUUAAUUGAGAAGAAACCUGGUGGCAUCAUUGCUCUCCUAGAUGAAGCUUGUAUGUUCCCGAAGUCAACACAUAGAACAUUUGCUCAGAAGUUGUAUCAGACUUUUAGAAAUAACAAGAGGUUUGCUAAACCUAAGCUUUCUAGCACUGACUUUACCAUUUACCAUUAUGCAGGCGAGGUAAUAUAUCAAGCCAAUUAUUUCUUGGACAAAAACAAAGACUAUGUAGUGGCAGAGCAUCUGGAUUUACUCCAUGCUUCUAAAUGUCCCUUUGUUGCCAAUUUAUUUUCAUCAUUUCCUGAAGUCACAUCAAAGGCAUCCAAAUUCUCUUCGAUUGCGUCUCGCUUUAAACUACAACUUCAAGCUCUGAUGGAUACCUUGAGUUGCACACAACCUCAUUACAUUAGAUGCAUAAAGCCAAACAAUGUCCUCAAACCGUCUAUCUUUGAGAACAUUAAUGUCACCAGCCAACUACGUUGUGGUGGUGUUCUUGAAGCAAUAAAGAUAAGCUGUGCUGGAUAUCCAACUCGAAGAACAUUUUAUGAAUUUCUCCUCCGGUUUGCUCUUCUUGAGCCAAAUGCUUUAGAAGGACAAUAUGAUGAGAAGAUUGCAUGUAGAAAGAUUCUAGAUAAAAUUGGAGCAAAAGAUUACCAACUAGGCAAGACUAAGGUAUUUCUAAGAGCUGGUCUGAUGGCUCAAUUGGACGCUCGAAGAGCAGCAAUACUAGGAGGAGCUGCCACAACUAUUCAGAGGAAAAUUCGUACAUACAUCACCCGUAGAGCAUUCAUUGUACUAAGACAUAGAUCUAUUUUUCUGCAAUCACUCUGGAGAGGAAGGUUGGCAGCUAAGUUGUUCGAGCAUAUGAGAAGAGUGGCAGCAGCAGUAAAAAUUCAGAAACAAUUUCACUGUUACUUUGCAAGAAAAUCCUAUGGCAGACUACAAUCUUCAGCGGUUACAUUGCAGGCAGGCAUAAGAGCAAUGAUUGCUCGUAAUGCAUUUGCAUUCCGCAAAAUUACUAAAGCUGCAAUUUGUAUACAGGCUCAGUGGCGUUGUUACAGUGGGCACUCAUAUUACAUGAAUUUGCAGAAGGCAGCACUUACUUUUCAAUGUGCUUGGCGGAAAAGGCUUGCCAGGAGAGUGAUCAGAACUUUGAAAAUGGCUGCAAGAGAAACAGGGGCUUUGAAAGAGGCAAAGAACAAACUUGAGAAGCAAGUGGAGGAGUUAAGUUGGCGUUUGCAGUUGGAGAAACGAGUGAGGGUUGAACUUGAAGAGAAAAAAGAUACAGAAAUUGUUACACUUAAGGAUACGCUAAAUAUGAUGCAACUACAAGUAGAAGAAGCAAAGUUGAUGGUCAUCAAGGAACGCAAGGUUGCACAAAAAGCUAUGGAAGAAGCACCUCCAGUUAUCAAGGAAACACAUGUCUUUGUUGAUGACAGACGAAAUUUUGAUUCAUUGACAUCUGAAAUUGAGCUUUUGAAGGUUUCCUUGGUAGAAAAAAAGCAGUUAACUGAUGCAGCCAAUAAAGAAAAGAGCGAAAUACAAGCAAGAUAUAAUCAACUUGUUAAGAAAGUUCAGGAUUUUGAGAUGAAAGUUGAUCAACUUCAAGAAACUAUUCGGAGACUUGAAGAGAAAGUAUCAAAUGUGGAAUCAGAGAACCAAGUUCUUCGUCAACAAGCAGUUGCAAUUUCACCAACUAGUCAAUCAGUAACCACAAAUUCAGAAGCAACCAUUGUCCUGCCAAGAACACCAGAGAACAGUGCUGAAAUCAAGGAAUUGACAAUAGCUGGUUUUGACCCUGAAACAGAGGAUUUACAACAGAAGUCACUGAAUGAGAAACAGCAAGGAUACCAGGACUUGUUUAUUGAAUGUAUUUGUCAAGAUUUAGGAUUCUCUAAAGAUCGACCUGUAGCUGCUUGUAUCACACACAAAUGUCUCCUUCACUGGAGAUCUUUUGAAGUUGAAACAACAAAUAUUUUUGACCGUAUUAUCCAAGCAAUUGGCUGGGUUAUUGAGACUCAGGAUAACGCUGAUGUAUUGUCCUAUUGGUUAUCCAACACAUCUACAUUACUACUGUUCUUCCGACAAACAAUGAAAGCAAAUGGGACAGAUGGUUACACCCCAAUGACUCCACAAAGACGAAGAACUUCAGCUUCUUUAUUUGGGAGAGUGUCUCAAGGGAUUGGGAAUUCGCCCAGGAGUGCUGUGCUUCCUUUUUUCAAUGACCGUGUGGUCGGUUCAUCAAGUGACUUCCAAAUAGUUGAAGUUAAAUAUCCAGCUUUGCUUUUCAAGCAACAACUUAUUGCAUUUGUUGAGAAAAUUUAUGGAAUGAUAAGAGACAAUUUAAAAAAAGAGAUAGGGCCAAUUCUUCGUUUGUGUAUCCAGGCUCCAAGAACAUCCCGUGCAAGCUUAGUCAAAGUUACUCGUUCUCAAGCAAAUGCCAUGGCCCUGAAAGUUUUGAUUUCACACUGGCAGGGCAUCGUUAAAAGCUUAACUAAUUGCCUGCAAACGCUGAAAGAGAAUUAUGUCCCUCCCUUCCUUGUCCGUAAGGUCUUCAUGCAGAUAUUUUCAUUUAUUAAUGUCCAACUAUUUAAUAGCCUUCUUCUGCGGCGUGAAUGCUGUUCCUUUAGCAAUGGGGAAUAUGUUAAAGCUGGAUUGGCUGAACUAGAACAAUGGUGCUAUGAGGCAACUGAGAAGUAUGCAGGCUCAGCCUGGGAUGAGUUGAAGCAUGUCAGGCAAACUGUUGGAUUCCUGAUUUCACAUCAGAAGCCAAAAAAUACACUGGAGGAGUUAACUCAAGACCUAUGUCCAGCUCUCAGCGUACAGCAACUACAUAGAAUCAGCACGAUGUAUUGGGAUGACAAAUAUGGCACUCACAGUGUUUCUUCAGAGGCUAUUGUAAGUAUGAGAGCUAUCAUGAAUGAGGAUUCAAAAAGUUUCAGCAAUACCUUCUUGUUGGAUGAUGACUCUAGGAUCCCCUUCACGGUUGACGAACUGUGCAAGUCAAUGACAGGGAUAGAGAUAACUGAUGUCGAUCCUCCAUCAUUGAUCCGACAGAGCUCAGGUUUUGCUUUCUUGACACAGAGGAAGGAGUAAAUUCCCUCCCUACAAUUGUCCAUCGAAGUGUGCCAAUUCAUAUCAGUCACUUCUUAUAAGA